GGGAGGGAGAGAGGUAAAGAGAGAGAUCGGAGAAAUUGAAUACAUGUAGAACAUAUAUAUAUUUAGAUAUAUAUUUUCACGGCGUGUGCCUGUGUGUGUGGCGGCGGUGGGGGGGGACACCCGCAAAACGGAUACCUCAAAAAGGAAGGAUGUGAAAAGGGAUGGAGGGACGCAGGAAAAGAGGGGGGAAAGGCUGGUGAAAAACAGCACCCUCUCUUAGUGCGAUAUAUAGCUGCCUCCCCCCCCUCGGCAGGUUGCCAUGGUCGCCAUACCUACUCUCUCUCUCCUAUUGGUCCUGGCAGAGUGGGCAGGUCUGGUGGACGCCUCCCCCCACCUCCUGCUCCGGCCGAGCCCGCGGGAGCGUGAUGCGGGGCCCAUGAUCAAUUUAAACAUCGCCGUGAUCCACGCCGGUGCUACGGUGCAGGCAGAGGCGGCGGUGGCGGGGCCCGGGGGACGGGUGCUCUACCCUAGCUUCGGUCGGGUAUACGGCUCCCUGGGGGAGAGCGUGGUCACCCAGUGGGGCUCUGCUAACGUCAUCUGGCUACAGGUGAAUGACAGCAGUCCUAAGACAGUGCUGUCCCAGCUGUGUGAGCUGCUGGCGGCGCGGCCCCUGCAGGGUCUGGUUUAUGAAGAGGAGAGGCCCCCCCGCACAGCCUGGGGUCCAUUGGCCCCCAUGCUGGAGUUUGUCUCCGCGCAAACAGGACUGCCAAUAGUGGCUGUAGGAGGGGGAGCGGGGCUGGGGAGGAUGCCACAGGAAUCAGGUUCCAUCUUUCUCCAGUUCAGCUCCUCUACCGCGCUCCAGCUGGAGGUCAUCUUUGAGGUGCUGGAGGAGUACGACUGGACCGCCUUUUCCGUGGUGUCCACGCGUCACCAUGGAUACCAGGACUUCCUGUCUGUGGUGGAGGGCCUGACGGACGGCUCGUUCAUUGGCUGGGAGAAGAAGAGUGUGGUGAUCCUGAACGUGACAGACGACCCUGGGGGGGCUCGCACGCGCAGACUGCUGAAGGAGAACGAGGCGCAGGUACGUUUGCUGUACUGCUCCCAGGAGGAGGCUGAGCUGGUUUUCAGAGCUGCCUGGGCCGCUGGUCAGGCUGGAGCCUCGCACAUGUGGUUUGCUGUGGGGCCAGCUCUCUCAGGUUUGGGCUUGGAGAGCCUGCCCCGGGCUUUAUUUGCCGUAAGGCCCCAGGGCUGGAGGGAUGAACCUCGCCGAAGGAUCGCUCGGGGUGUCUCUGUGCUGACUCAUGGGGCAGUGGCGAUGCAUAAGGAAUACGGAACCACGGGUGGGCCGAACUUUGUCACCAACUGCAUGACGGAUGCCAAUCAGACCCAGAAAAUGCGAGGCAGGAUGAGGUAUUUUAGCAACAUCACACUGGGUGGUCGGGACUACUCCUUUGAUAGUGAUGGUUACCUGGCCAACCCCUUCCUGGACGUCAUCUCCUGGACACCUGGACGUGGAUGGGAGGAUGUAGGCUGGUGGGAGAAUGGUGUGCUGAGGCUUCGUUACCCAGCUUGGUCCCGAUAUGGGCCAUUCCUUAAACCACCUGAUGAUGCCCAGCACCUGCGUGUUGUCACACUGGAGGAAAGGCCAUUUGUCAUUGUGGAGCUCGCAGACGCUGCAUCUGGAACCUGCAUCCGUGAUUCAGUUCCCUGCAGGCGACCCCUUAACGCCAGUGCCAUCCACGAGGGCGUGGUUCCCAUGAAGCAGUGCUGCAAGGGCUUCUGCAUUGACAUCCUGAAGAGAUUGGCUAAGAUCGUCGGCUUCACCUACGACCUAUAUUUAGUGACCAAUGGGAAGCACGGGAAGAAAAUUGAUGGGGUUUGGAACGGCAUGGUUGGAGAGGUGGUAUACAAGCGAGCAGACAUGGCCAUUGGCUCUCUAACUAUCAACGAGGAGCGGUCCGAGGUCGUGGAUUUCUCUGUCCCUUUUGUGGAGACGGGGAUCAGUGUCAUGGUCUCCCGCAGCAACGGCACCGUAUCACCAUCCGCUUUCUUAGAGCCCUACAGUCCAGCAGUGUGGGUGAUGAUGUUCGUCAUGUGCCUGACUGUAGUGGCUGUGACUGUCUUCAUUUUUGAGUUCUUCAGCCCUGUGGGCUACAACCGCAGUCUCCAGACUGGCAAAAAAGCUGGAGGGUCCACUUUCACUAUAGGAAAGUCUGUCUGGCUUCUGUGGGCCAUUGUCUUCAACAACUCUGUGCCGGUGGAGAAUCCGAGAGGAACCACAAGCAAGAUCAUGGUGCUGAUCUGGGCCUUCUUUGCUGUCAUAUUUCUGGCCUCCUACACUGCUAACCUGGCUGCCUUCAUGAUCCAGGAGGAGUACAUUGACACGGUGUCAGGCCUCUCGGACAAGAAGUUUCAGCAUCCCGAGGAGCAGUACCCACCUCUGAAGUUUGGCACAGUGCCCAAUGGGAGCACAGAAAAAAACAUCCGCUCCAACUACCCAGACAUGCACCAGUAUAUGGGAAAAUACAACCAGAGAGGAGUGGAGGACGCCAUCAUGAACCUCAAGACCGGGAAACUGGAUGCUUUUAUUUACGAUGCUGCAGUAUUGAACUAUAUGGCCAGGAAGGACGAAGGUUGUAAGGUGAUGACCAUAGGCUCGGGGAAGGUUUUUGCCACCACAGGCUACGGUAUCGCCCUGCACAAAAACUCACGCUGGAAACGUCCUCUUGACCUGGCCCUGCUGCAGCUGGUGGGAGAUGAUGAAAUUGAGAUGCUGGAGCGCCUCUGGCUGUCUGGUAUUUGCCAUAAUGACAAAAUUGAGGUGAUGAGCAGUAAACUGGACAUUGACAACAUGGCUGGGGUUUUCUACAUGCUUCUGGUGGCUAUGGGCCUCAGUCUUCUGGUGUUUGCCUGGGAGCAUUUAGUGUACUGGAAGCUGCGCCACUGCAUGGCCACCAGUUCUGGCAAAUUGGACUUUCUCUUGGCAAUCAGCAGGGGCAUGUACAGCUGCUGUAGCUUUGAGGAUGAAACGACACCAGGUGGCAAGUCUUUGCCUACACACCACCACACUGCGAUGGUUACAGUCCCGUCCCAGUCACAUGUUGUCGCGACCUCUAUGACAAACCCAGCCAUCGCCAUGGCGCAACAGCAGCAGCAGCCGCAACAGCAGCAACCGCAGCCCGUCUACAAAACCCCUUUACCGGGCUCUCCUCCCACCAUGGUGCAUUCUGGGACAGCACUGGGUCCCUCCAACACCCCAAUGGCUGGUGCACCCCUCCCUUGCUCCACCUUCCUGCCCAGGCCAGACCGCAGGCUGGCUGUGGUGGAUCGCUGGAGGCUUCCCAAAUCCGCAACAGCCACCAACCCAAUGGCUGUGAGGGGGGGCAUCACAGACAUGGGACCCUUUGCUCAGAAAGUCCCACCAAACUGGGCUUCAACUGCUGGAGGGGGUGGGGGACUUGAUGGCUAUAAGAGAUACUAUGGUCCCAUUGACCCUGAGGGACUGGGGCCCUGCAUGGAGCAGCAAGCAGGGUCCCAGACCCCCAAGACUAUGCCCAGGGGCCACCCCCAGCCCCCUCCAGCCAGUGUGGCCUUCUACUCAGAGAAGGGCAUGGACCAUGGGGUGGGGAAGAGGGCGGUAGGAGGUGGCAGCGGAGGUCAGGGGAAAGGGGCUGUUAAACCUCUGGGCACUCCCAGACUGCCUCCUAAGAGUCAGGCACCUCUUCCUCCUACACCCCCGCUGCCACACCCCUCUCCCCCUCUCCCCUCAUCCUUCUGGAGGAAGCGCAGGCCCAAGAAGCCCAAAGAGCCUGGAGGGCCACUCUAUGAGAACAUUCUGCCCCUGGGACGGAGGGGAGGGACACGAGAUGGUGUGAGGGAGGGAGGUGGAAGGAGGGCACGCCCCCUGUCUCCCCCUAUCUCACUACCUGUACCAGUACCCCUCAGUCCCUCCUAUACCCCUCCGUCUCCAUCUGCAUCCUUGCACUAUAUGUCCUCGUCCUCUUCUUCAACCACCUCGUCCACAUCCACGUCCUCAUCUGCCUCAUCUUCGCGCUCCACCUCUCCCACCUACUCGUACAGCUCCUCUAGGAGCACACGAGACAGGACUGGAGGAAUAGAUGGAGAGGAUGAUGACGACGAUGAGGAACUGACGGAAGAGUCGAGCCUCCUUCUUGGGAGGGGGAGAGAGCGAGAGCGCUCAAUCAUCCGGCCUCGUUCCCUCAGCCACGGUCGCCUGCCGCCACCCAUACCCCCAAGGAAACCACGCACGUCUUGGGGUGACAGAGAAAGGGAACGAGAGAGGGAGAGAGGGGGCAGCCAACUGUCGCAGCUCCAAGAGUGGUGGGCAAGCUGGAGUGAGCGAGAGAGGGGUGGAGCUGGUGGAGAUGCUGAGAGGCAGAAAAGGGAAAAGAAGAGGAGAAAAGAGAAGGAGAAGGAGAAGAAGAAAAAGAAAAAGAACAAAAAGAGGAAAAAGAGGGAAGAGAGGGAAAGAGAGCGAGAGAGAGAAAGGAAGCGCAGGAAGGUGAAAAAGAAAAAGAAGAAGGCGCUCAAGACAAAGAAAAGGAAGAAAUCCACCGGGGGGAAACGGUCUGAGCCAGAGGAGGGAGACGUAGAGCAAGAGAGGGAAGGAGACGCAGAAGGAGAGAGGGAAGGAGGGAUACAAGACUAUUCCUUUUCUGCUCAGUACCGGGGUGCAUUUGGGGAGAAGGGGCGGGAUUCGUGGGAAGGAGAGAGGGAGAGAGGCAGAAGAGAUGGCGCAGACGAGGGCAAUGACAGAGAAGAGGAGGACAGCACCAGGAGCCGGGAGAGGCGUCCCAAAUCCUCACACUCUCAUUCCAGACAUCGCACCCCGAGUAAGCGCUACCCUAACCUGAACAAGCUCCCUGCUUCCGUCAAAUUUUGGGUGAAUGGAAGAGGAGAUGACUCUAAUAACCCUCCGACAUCCAUCCACCCACUCCUUCCAUCCUCCAAGCGGCGGAGAAGUGCGGUGAUGGAUAGAGAAGACAGUGGUAGAGUUGGAGAGCGGCGUCCUUUGUUAAUGCAUUAUGAAAAAGACAAAGCACAGACAAGAGAAGGGCUGUCUUUCCCCGAGUGGGAUUCUGAAGACGACGAUGAUGAUGAUGAGGAGGAGGAAGAAGAGGAGAGGGACAGAGUAAGAGAGCGGGUGGAAGAUAGGGGAAGAAGGGCAGGUAGAGGGGCAGUCUCUGAGUCGGAGAGGGACAGGGCUAGGGUAGAAGAUAGUUACUCAGAUGAAGGCUCGUCGGGGGAGUUUGGCCGUUUUGAAAGGUACUGGGAGGGGGGACCGGGAGGGACCUCCGCUGGAAUAGGGGGCAUAGGUGGGGGAGGCUGGUUUUUUGGUACCUACCCCUCCAGAGAGAAAGGGGGCAGUAUCAACAGUCGAGAUGAUUCCCUACUAGGGACACGGGCAGAGGGCUGGAUUGGUGGUGAUUUCUGGGGGUCAGGGCCAGGUGUGGGUUGGGGAUCUGGGGGAGGGAGUGGAGGGUUGGGCUCUCAGUGGCCGCCACCUCCAGCAGCCUUCCCUCCACCCAGAAGAUAUUGGUCUAUGGACAAGAUUCCUGUGAAGGGAGAGAAAAAGUGGAAAAGUGGAGGAGGGAAGAGCAAGACGCGAACUAGGGAAAGGGAAGAAGUGGGAAGGGCAACCAUGUGUUCCUGUAGCCUUUACCCCCAGCCCCAUCCUUACCCACAUCCCCACAGCCGCUCACACACCUCCCAUACCAAGAGAGGAAUCACAACGCUUUCCCAUAGCCAGGAAGAGCUUCUCCCCCACUGCCACAGCUUCAGUGGGGGCUCUCGUCCCAAACCUCUGCCCCCCAAACCAGAUUCCAGUCAGGCCAAAUCAGGCAGCCAGUCUAACCUCAGCCUCAGCACACAGCCCACAGACCAUCCGCCUCAACCCUCGCCGUCGCCGCCCCAGCAGCCGUCCAUGUCUCCAACCUCCCUUCCAUUGGCCAUCCCGCCGCCGCCCCCCUCAUCCUCCGUUUCGCCACCAGCAGGGGUAGGGAUGUCAAGCCAGGCCCAGGGUCAGGCUUCAGCCAGUGCCAAACUCCAGUAUCAGAGACUGCGGUCUGUGCCACAGCCACGGAGGUUCUACUCUCCCCACCUGCCACUCAAAGCCAAGAGCCUGUGCUCACGUCGAGGGUCCGCCCACUUCUCCAGCCUGGAGAGCGAGGUAUGACAGGGGGAAAGGAGAGAGGGAGACGUGGGAGCGAGCACCAGUGCUGUUGAGAGCCAUGGUGCCACGGCAGCUGGAGCCAGGGACGACACCAGAGAUAUAGCUGCCUUGGUAAACAUCGGUAAUCAAUUAGCAACCAUCACUGCGGGAGCUAAUAUGGAUAGUAGUUCUCUUGUUAACACUACUCUGUGUGAGAGCAACACUACCGCCACCCAAUCCAUUGUACGCGUUCUAGUGAGGGCGACAGUGAGACGCCACACCAGGGUGAGCUACAUCCGUUUGGAUGGUUCCCAUGACGACGAGAGCGAUGGUGAGGCUGCAUCACCGGAGACAGCAACACCAGAACUUCUCCUCUGCUCAGAAAUGAGGUUUGUGAUGUCAUCUUCGGUACUCCUCCCCUCCCCAAGUCACAACUGUGGAUAACAUUAGUCUCCAACCCGUGAGUAAUGAUGUCAAGCACACACACAUAUACACAGACACACACACAGACGCACACACACACACACACACACACACACACACACACACACACACACACAGACGAUAUGCUCAAAACGUCUCCCUCCCUCUGGCUUUGAGAACACACCUCGGUGGGAUGAGGAGAGACCCACCUUCUCCCAAAAGAUGCCAGUGUUUGGUCAAUAGAGUCUGGCUCCCUGUCUUCAUUGGCUGUUGGCUUUUGAACUGGACUGGUGGACUGCUUCUUGGUGUUGGAGAGACUACUCCCUCUUCUUCCCUUUUGUAAAUCAGUUGAUAUGAAAAGCAAUGCAGUCGCCUCUCUCAUGCACUGUCUGCCUGGUCACCUUUUACUGGGCAGUGAGGACAGUGCCACUUAUUUGCCCUUUGACCUCAUGACACCAUCCGACCCAUCUAGCUCUACCCCAGGACCAUUUAUGUGAUGUCAUGUUUUACUAAAAAACCCUUUUAACCUAUCAGAAUGAACAGGAACCACUUCUCCUCCACGCCGUUGGAGCUUGUCAUGUCACUUCUGGUCCAACCAGAAUUUGAACACAGUUGAGUAUCUGAAGUAUUUGAACAAAAAAAAAUAAAAUAAAUAAAAACAACAACAACAAAAAAAAAACUGAACUUCAAGAAGAGAAAUAACAAUAAGAACAAAAGACAUGUAGCAGAUUUUGUUUUAUGUCUGUCCUUUCUUUUAUUUCUUAUUCAGACUUUUCUCCCCCUUCCCCUCUUUUUUAUUCUAUCAAUAUAGUUCUCUGACUGUGUUAGUGUUUUAAUAAAGAGGAGGCUGGAUGUGGCUAGUGUUGGAAGUGGGAAUGAUUUAAUAGCAGUGCCAAAUUUCCACUCAAGAGCUUUCACGCAAGAUUGGUUUUUCGAGUAAUUUGUUUUGAUAGAUAAGGUCCCGUCUUUUCUUUCCACACGUGAACAACACAUAAUUCACCCUCAUGUAAGUGGAUCAAGGGGAUGAUUGGUGUAAUAUCUGUAAUUGGCACUAGAUGGCUGCAUAAUAUUCAAAUAAGCUUUUGAGACAGUUGUGCAAGAGGCUCCUGGUGUCUUUAAUAACUGUGUCUACGUGAUACAGAGUAAUGGGUGUGCAGCUAUGAACUUUAUUAUUUUUAUGAAAGUGCCCAGUCAGGAUUUACUCAGAGGAACUAAGGGGAAUUCAAAAAAACCAAGUGCAGUGCAUUAUGAAAAGCUCUGUUAGGAUAUGACUUUAUGUUUCUACUACAUUGUACCAAGGCAGAGUUUGUAGAUGAUGGAUUAUAUGAAGCACAAUUCCUCAUUGUAUUUUUCUGACAUGCGUGCUAUAGUUGUAAAUACACAAUCUCCAGGUAACAUUUUUUGCUGAUACAUAAAACUUUUCACUAAAUGUUAACCUGUUGCUAUCACAGACAAUAAAAUUCACUGUAACCAUGGUUUCAGUAACCAAGUAUCAAACUUGUGCUGAGGAGAAUAUCAACUAUUUCUUUUUGGUAAAUAAGUCUGAAUGAUAUACUGUGAAUGUUUUGAGGUGCACAUACAGUAGUUGAGACUUAACAGAGAGCAGUCGGUGAUAACUCGCGUUGUCAAGAUUAUCAGAUGACUGUUUGACUCUGAGCAAUAUUCCCACCUUUAAUGUGACAACGAUGCAAUGGCACAUAUUCUGGUUUUCUUUUUUUUUGCAUCUGUGACAUUGCAGUUGUUUUCCUUUAUUUUGAAAGGAGAGAAUUUGUUUCGAUCAGAGUCAGAUGAUGUCCUGUAUGUUCUGUUAUUUUUCACGCUGGUUGGAUAGAUUUAAUCAAAUUUGUCUAGAAGUGAUUCUAGUAAAUUGGUUAAGGCGACACUUGGCUCCAGCUUAUCAAUAUGAAUAGGAAAUGCUACAUUUUCAAGUGAGACUCGUGAUUUGUAGCAUUGCACCUUCCGUGAGCUGUGCCAAAAGCCAUCCACUGUCUAAACUGUGCCAAUAUUGCAGUGCAUACACUUACUCUUCUUUUUCAUAAGGUCAGCAUACUCACCUCAUUUCUCACACUAAGACCAGCCACAGCCCAGCUCUUCUUCUAUUGUAGUUGAAUGUAGCUUUGACAUGAUGUAGCAAAAGAACACCUACUUUUAGACUUUGUAGCUUUUUGGAUGCUGUUGAUAAUGGCUUGAAGGAGAGGGGUUGGGGGUUGACCUGCUCUGUGAGGGGCUGUGCGUUGUGUUUGUGCAUGUCGUCACAGAUCAAAGGGUUAGUCGACCUUCUAACUCGCCCUUUUUAACUCCUUUGCCUUUCAAUGAGGCUAGACUGUAACUUUUAUCUGCACCUGGAUUGCUUUUUUUCUUACUCUGCGUGUGGGCAGUUUUUAAAACAACCUGUCUUUGUUUUUAGAGAAAUGCUUUUGCCGUUUCCCAUCCCUUGGAAAGCCCCAGAAUCAUUGCAUGUUUAGCUGAAUGAAAUCUCGAAGAUUUGUGGUGGGAGGGUUGUGUAGUUCAAUUUGUAGCAAAUGCUUAGGACCCAGGACAGCUUUCAGUGAGGUAUUAAGCUCGCUCUACUCUGCACCCCAACAGCGGAAACCACGGCGACAGUUCGACUGCUUCCUGUGUAGUAGAACACAGUUAUUUUCAACCAAUCCACAGGGCUUACACCUGGUAUGUCAUUGAGCAUUAUUGAUUUUUAUUGAGGCGCUAAUACUUAAGUCUGUGACUGCAUGAACAGAAGUGACUCUUAAAAACCCUCUGGCUUAUUUUAUUUUUUUAUUUUUGUUUUAUGCUGAGAAAAAAAAGAUAUAUAUUAAAAUAUACUAUGUUUUUGAGAAUGUACCAUGUUAUACUGUGAUUUAACUGAGAUAUUUUAUUGUAUUCAACUAUCAUUUGAAAUCUAUCAUUUAUCUAUAAAGAAAUAUAUAUGUACAAAUAAAUAUAUACAUAUAUAUACAUACAGGUAUAUAUAUAUAUUAGUUAAGUUUGGUAUAUUUGGAGGAAGUGUUAGAUGAAAUAGUUUUAAAUGUUUUAGCUUUGUAGCGAUUCUAGACACUGAAAUCAUUUUUGAAUUUUGAUUCCUCCUAUAUGACUGUGAAGACAUUAGUGCCUGUGAACAAAAAAGACAAGUAAAAGUCUAAACUCUCUAUUCAUCUGUAUCUACUAUAGCUAUCAGUCUGUCACUCCUCUAGUACUACCUAACAUUACUUUUUGACAUUUGCUGCUUUUAUAUAUUAAUAUCUUUCUCUCACACAGUCUGCUGUCUCUUGCUUUCUGCAGCUCUCAUCUGCAGUUCUUUGUCCCAGUUUCCAUUAACAAGCUAUGAUUCUCAUUCUCCACCUCUCCUCUUUUUAAAGUUGUAUCACAUGGUGACCACAUCUCUUUGUUAAUUAACCCAUCCAUCGACCUUUUUCUUUUUUACCUUUGGUCACUUUCCGUUUUUAAUCAGCUCAUUCCUGUCAGUCUCUCACUUAGCAAAAAACAGAGACCAGUAGAUACUGUGUUCUUGCUCCUAUUGACUGAUUGUUGAUGAUGAUGAUCAAUUAAUUGAUUGAUGAAAUAAUUAAUGAACAAUGUUACUAUUGCUGAUGUGACUGAAGUGUGUAUCUGACGACCACACCACUGUAGCAAGUCUGGGCUGUACCACACCACCAGCGAGCAAGUGGGGCCACUGUUGCUAUGGUGUUGCCAUGGCAUUUCCAUGACGUUGCCAUGGUGUCCUCUGCACCGCCACCACCUGGUGCCUGCUGGGUAAUAUAGCAUAAUGUCCUUCACUUUCCCCAAAAUACUGGUCAAAGUUCUGCUGUGCUCCACCCCCCCACCCCCCCACCCCCCAGCUCACUCCUGACCUAAAUAUACGGGAGGUGAAAAUUUUAAAAAGAUCACUUUGAUGGAGUGCUGAGGGGCAGCACGUAGGUGACGUGUCUGCUGUCAAUGCUGAUCUAGACUGGACUGGUUUCACUUGCAAUGGCUACUCAGUAUUGUGUUGACCACCUAAUCCUUAUAUUGACUUUGUAUACAUUGCAUGUCCACUAUAGCCUUCUGCAGCAUGAUGACAGCACACACACACUUUGCUGUGCAUGUACAUGUAUAUGUAACACACAAUGUGCACAUCACUCAGGCAAUGAUCCACAUCUUCCGCCAGCCCUCAUUAAGCUGCAACCCCGCCUCAAGUAGUCUGAUCAUAUCACACAGGCGUAUAUCUAGCUUUGCACACAACGUACACCACACACGAACUAUAAUUACACAUACGCCGUGACUACUCUAAUUUCUUGGAAAUGCCUUUUGUAUAAGAUUUGGUUCUGAGAGUUGGUUACCAAAGGAAAUUCCGUCUUGCUCGUUUUGAGCUGUCUAUCCCUUGAGUUUGCCGUAACGUCCUGCACUCUGCUUUGCACUGUCCUGCCUGUUCUGAUUCAUCAAUUCCCGUUUAGAGCAGUCAAGUUCAGUUUGUUUUACUUUGCUGAAUUGCUCUCUCUGAAUUGCUGAUUUACUUUUGUUGUCUGAAUCUGCUUUGAUUUAUCGGAUUUUCCAUUUGGUCAAAACGUGUGCAGUCCAGUCCAGCCUAGUGCAGUGUGCUCCAGGCUAGUCUAGUGCCUGAGUUUGUAAGAGAUCUCGAUGCGGCCUCAAGCUCAUCCUGUCUCGCUAUUGGCCUGCGACCUGGGGAACUGAUACGUGUGGUGCUCCAGAAUUCAAACAGGGUCCUCAUUGGCUGAAAUCGGCCAUGAAUUAUAUCAAGGAAAUACAGGAGUGUCACACGUUGCAAUCAUCAGGUCUAGGCUCUGCAUGUUGCACCAUGAAAGCUUAUCCUACCACGGUGACAGGACACAUGUACCCACAGAGACCAGUGUGUGUGUUUUCAGCAUUGUACAAGGCCCAGUUCUGCUCUAGUAACCUUGCCAACACUACAGGCCUACUUAUGGGUUGCUAAGGCGGGUUGCUAAUAGGGUGAUGUUGCUCCUAGCCCAGACUGGUCUGGUCUAUGCCCUAAUUUAAAUGUGUUCGUUAAUUUGACAUUGUCUGUCUGGGGUGGGGCUGGAGGGUCAGUGCUGCACUUACUUACUGAGAAUUGCUUCAUAAAAUAUGAUUCUCUUUAAUUAAUGCCAGUGGUGCUGUGUUUCCUUCCAAUUCUUUUUGUCACCAAUGCCAUUAUAAACAAGGGGCUUUGAGAUUGUGUUUCUGCAGUGUGGCUUGCGUGUGCUUGAGUUUUAUGUUGUGAUAGUAUUUCCAUACAAGCUAUUACUCAGUCAGAACUCCUUCAAAGUAAAUUUAUGGAGAGCUCAAAGAGUAGCUUCUUUGGUACUCUGACAGGCAGUCGUUUGCCAAAGUGUGCGUGUGCUCGUGUGUGUGUGUCUGUUUGCAUGCUUGCUAGCACAUACAGUACUUCUCAGAGGUUUCUCAGUGCUUGUCAGACUUUUGCUUUGAUCUGGCCAGAGCUGACCUUACAUAAUCCACUCCUUUUGCCCUCAAAAAAAAAAAGAAAAA